CGAUAACCCGCCGAGUCGAAUGUCUUAUCACUUCCACCAACUUCCUUUUCGAUGUGACUACGCCCAUUAUGCCACGAUGGUAUAUGUUGGCUCAGGGCAGACCUUGGUCCAGUAGCAGGUUUUGCCCGGGGGAUCCUCCGGCUCAUCUGGUUCAUCCCCGCCAGGCUCAGUCGGUCUAGGGAUCCAAGUAGUCCUUGUCUCGGUCACUGUUUCUGUGAUCGUGGUCGGGGGCGGAAGUGUAAUGGUGGGAAUCGGAGCGCUAGUGGGAAUCUUGGUCAGACCCAUGCUAGAGCUAGGCGUCCUGCUUGGAGUCGGGGUGCUGCUUGGCAUGGGAGUACUGCUCGGAGUCAGAACACUACUUGGUGUCGGAGUGCUGCCUGGGAUUCUCGUUGGAUCCACGCUGGUGCUGGGAGUCCUACUAGGACUCGGAUCGCUCGUUAAAACUCUAGUCGGGUUCACGCCAGUACUUAAUGUCUUGCUCGGGGUCAGGGCGCUCGUGGGAACUCUCGUUUGAUCCACACCAGUGCUAGGAGUAGCGGUGCUGGUCGGAGCU